GCAUCUGUGGCGGGUGGAUGGGCGGCGCUUUCUUCUUCUUCCUCCACUGCUCCUCGCACCAAAAAAAUGUUCCAACCCGAUCAGAGGCAUCAAAAGAAUUUCUCAAAAGCAUCUUCGCCUCCAGCGGCCGCCGGAGGAUCCGAAGGAACCCAAACCGCGGACGAGGGGCGGCGCGACGGCUGUGGGCACCAUGGAGAGCUCGUCGCCGUCGGUGCCGUUCCCGCAGCUGCAGGCGCCGGUGGAGAGCACCUACCGCGCCUGCACCAUCCCCUACCGGUUCCCCUCCGACAACCCGCGCAAGGCCACGCCCGUCGAGAUCCAGUGGAUCGACCUCUUCCUCAAAUCCGUCCCGUCCUUCAAGCAGCGCGCGGAGAACGACCCCACCGUGCCCGACGCGCCGGCCAAGGCGGAGAAGUUCGCGCAGAGGUACACAGCAAUGCUUGAAGAGAUGAAGAAGAAUCCAGAGAGCCAUGGGGGACCACCAGACUGCAUACUUCUCUGUAGGCUUCGUGAGCUAGUACUUAGAGAGCUGGGGUUUAGGGAUAUCUUCAAGAAGGUUAAGGAUGAGGAGAAUGCCAAGGCUAUGUCACUGUUUGAGGGUGUUGUUCAGCGAAAUGAUGAAAUUGAAGAUGAUGGAAAAAGAGUUGAGAACUUGAUCCGGGGAAUCUUAGCUGGAAAUAUUUUUGAUCUAGGAUCUGCACAGCUUGCAGAAGUUUUUGCUAAAGAUGGCAUGUCGUUCUUGGCAAGUUGCCAAAAUCUUGUAUCUCGACCUUGGGUUAUUGAUGACCUUGAUGCAUUUAAGAGCAAAUGGGCCAAGAAAUCAUGGGAAAAGGCAGUUAUCUUUGUCGAUAACUCUGGUGCUGAUGUUAUCUUGGGAAUAUUACCAUUUGCGAGGGAGUUGCUCCGACGUGGUGCAAAGGUGAUACUUGCUGCUAAUGACAUGCCUUCGAUCAAUGACGUCACCUAUCCAGAACUGAUUGAGAUUAUAAACAAGCUCAAGGAUGCAGAUGGAAAGCUAGCAGGUGUGGAUGCAUCCAACCUGCUUGUUGCCAACUCUGGUAACGAUCUGCCUGUUAUUGAUUUGUCUAGUGUGUCACCAGAACUUGCCUUCAUGGCAAAUGAUGCUGAUCUGGUUGUCCUAGAAGGCAUGGGAAGAGCAAUCGAAACUAACCUAUAUGCACAAAUGAAAUGUGACUCGAUCAAGAUUGGAAUGGUUAAGCAUCCUGAAGUCGCCCAAUUUUUUGGAGGAAGACUUUAUGAUUGUGUCUUCAAGUUCAACGAGGCCUGAAUGCUGAGAUACCUCAGCUAACUCCUGUUGCUGUCGCAAUUGCAGUGCUGUAAUUUUCCUCGACAUCCGAAAUGCUUGUUUCUAUCUUCAGUAGAGAUAGCAAGUGAAAUAAAUCUGGCUUCAUGGAGGUGUCAUUACUCAGUUGUAUGAAUUGUUGCCCAAAAUGAAACUUCUGAACUUCAAGACGUAUUUGUUCCCGUUGGUCUA